AUGGGGAACAAAAUCUUGACGCAGUAUGAUGUCCAGAAGGAGCCUUGCUACUACAGCCCUGAGCUUCGAUGGAAGCUUCACACCGCCAACUUUAAGGAAAAGCCCGACGAAAAACUGACCAUCUUCCUGUUCGAGAGAAAGGUCAUAGAGAAGUAUGCCAAAAAUGCGAAAGAGCAAAUAGUGGAGCUUCUCAAGAAGGAUGCCACGAGUCUGCAGCGGCUACGGCACCCGCAUAUCCUCAGCGUCAUCGAGGCCUUGGUGGAGGAGAGGAGCACUCUGGCCUUUGCGACCAAGCCCGUCGUUGGCACUGUGGCACAGCUGUUGGAGAACAACCGACAUGAGCUGUCCAACCUGGAGAUGAAGUGCGGGCUCUUAGACGUGGCGGAGGCAAUGCAGUUUCUUCACCAGGAUGCCAAGACGGCACAUCUUGGCUUCUCGCCUUACAGCAUCUUCAUAGACCCACAGGGCAAGUGGUUGCUGGGCAGCCUUGGCUUUUCCUUCAGCGGAGUGCAGUGGGGGCAGCUGAUGGACUGCCCGUUCACUUUCUCGGGACAGGAGGCGCCGGGAACUUUAUCCUUUGAGCCGCCUCCUAGGUAUGCUGCGCCAGAGAUGUGCGCGUUUCCUGGGAAAUGUGGGUUGGAGUCAGACAUGUUUGCCAUGGGUCUGCUUACGUACGAGUUGAUGUGUGUCGAUCGGCAGCCAUUGUUGAGAUCUGCUCCACGAGGUUUCAACACGAGCGUCCUUCGACAACAAGCAGUUCCUCCCGAGCUGUAUCCCAUCCUCCUGAAGCUUCUGAGUCCCAACCCGUCUGAAAGACUCACGAUUGCAGCCUUCAUCAACUCUGAGUUUUUCAUGGACGUCAACGUUCGAGCCAUUCGUUUUCUGGAACAGCUCAACGAAAAGGACGAGGCACAGCGUGUGACUUUUCUUCGCGGACUGCCAAAGCUUUUGCAGGACACAAAGAGCCCCCUUUGCAGUCAGCGCGUCAUGCGUGAGCGAGUGCUGCCCAGACUUUGUGGCGCGCUGCUGUUCCCAUCCCUUUAUGGUGUCGCGGUACCCAUCAUCAUCAACACUCUUAAGAAGGAUCGCCUGUCCGAUCCCAUGCACUUUCAGGCCAAGCUCUGGCCAGCCCUGAAGCCCCUCUUCAGCGCCAAAGAAAUCCCCAUAGAGGUGGUCACGCUCUUCCUGAAGGAAUUGGAUCUCAUGGUCUCCCUCGCCCCAGCAGCUGAGACGCAGGCGGUCUUGCUACCGUUUUUGCUGCGGUGCAUGGAGCUCCAAGAACCGACCAUCCUGAAUGAGGUCUUGGAGAAGGUUCCCUACUUGCACAAGAAGUUCGAGUACCGCCAGGUAAAGGACCAGAUCCUGCCGAGGAUGCUGCAGCUCUUGGGCACCGCUGCACCGAAAGUGAAGGUCCAGGUACUGAUGGGCUUGAGCCGCAUCUUCGAGAUCUUCGACAAGAACACGAUCCAGGACAUCGUCCUGCCAGCUUUUGAAAAGCUGACGAAGUCGGAUCGCACGCCGGCCAUCUGCAUGUGUUUGCUUGGGUGCUACGAUGCCAUGAGCAAGAACCUUGGACACAAGGUCACUGCCGAACGGAUUCUGCCUUUGAUCAUGCCACUCCUAGCGGAGGAAGGUCUUUCUUUCGACCAGUGGGAAACCCAGCUGACGGUCGCGAAGAAGUUGAUGCAACGGGUCGAAUCUGCACGGAGAAAGGAGUACGAAGCGAGGAAGGAUGCCCAGGCCGAAUCUGAGCACGCCUUGGGUGCCGAGGCACCGGUCGCCGCACCCGUGCAAACCCAGGCAGAGCCACAGGACUUCGAGUCGUUGCUGAUGGGGCCGUCGAAGGCACCUCCCGCUCCCGCAAAAGCGGCCGCACCAGUGGCCCCCGUCGCACCUCCACCACCGGCAGGCAACGACCUGCUCGGAGGAGGAUUGCUCGACAAGCCGACCCCAUCCGCUCCAUCCUCUGGCCUUGGGAAUGGCUUUGACCCAUUUGCUUCGGCGGCUGGUACUGGUGGUGCGCCUGCGACAACACCAAGCUUCGAUCCAUUUGCGAGUGCUGGGCUGGGUUCUGGCGGAGCAGGUGGCUGCACCGGACUUGGUGUGAGCCCGGCUGCUCCCACAGGCAUGGGCCAGGGUCCGGGCAUGGCGAUCAACAUGGGAGGUGCCGCCUGCUUCCCGGUGCUACCCCUUGAUUUGGCUGGGGUUUCGGAUGGUUUUGGGUUUCAGGAUGCAGACUUGAAAGCUUUGAGGGUCUCGAGCUUUUGUAGGGCUUCCAUCCUGGACCGCAUGCUGGCCAGGGAUGGGGACUGGAGCUUGUGGCGGGUUGGCUCCCGAGUUCUCAGAGUUUGCGAAGCGACCAUUGCAUGUUGA